UAUCAGAGAUGUCAACUUAGAAAUUUGCAAAUGGAUAUGCGACUGUAUGCGAGUCACAGAGAGGCCUUCUGACCUAAAUUGAUCGAGAUAUAAUGGACAGCGUGAGAGUGACGACGACAGAUCCCGCCGUUAUCAUUAUUAAUGGCAGUCGCGUUAAAAUCGAGGAUACGAAUGAUGUUUUAUGUUAAGUAUCCGAUCGUCAACCAAAUCACGAAAUACGGUACCUAUUAAAUCGUCUGAUGGUCGAUGUUCACCGAUGUUUGUUCGCCGGACGGAACAAUGACCACCGGAAUCCGGUUUUGUGAAGGUGUGCGCUUUAAAAGCGCUUUAAAAGCCCACCCACGGCUUCGCCGAUCGUCAGUCACAUCUUGCUAUUCAAUAUGUCUCGCCUAUAUUAUGAUUCGCAAUACAAAAUAUGCUCUACGCAGAUAUAUCAGUGGCUUCUCUUCGUCAUCAUAAUAUCCUCAGAGAACCUCGUGAACGGAUUUGAAUCUCAAGAUGCGAUCUUUGUGAAUUUCCAUCGCAGACACAACGUUUCGAAGGUAGCGAUACUUCACGACAACAGUUAUUUACCUCCAGCUUCGAUUCCGGAUUUCUCUCUGCCGGAAGUGAUCGAUAACAGAGCUCGGAACGUAGCAGUCGCGAUAACGGACGAGACCAGAAACUAUCCCAACGCGUUGUAUCAUCUUCCUGAACGGGAUUCCUUGCGAGUCUCCACGCGCAAGGGUCCGUACGACACGAGGUAUCCAGGGAACGACGGGCUGCGAAUACCUCUGCAUCAUCGUCGACCUACUUUCCAACAAGGCAAACACCCUCAACAGACCACAACGCAGCCUUCUCCUUCUCCUCUUCCUAUCGGUGAAACAUCGCCAUCCGUCGUAAACCGCGUUAGCGUUGAGGAGAUGUCCUGUCAGAAUACGAGAGACGAAUUGUUCUUCAGAGUAUCCAUCAAAGCGAAGAAUUCAGUUUCACCGGUGAUAGACAACGUGAUGAGUGAUACUUGUCAGGCAAUAGCAGUCAGAGACUCUUAUCGUAUUAAUUUUGAGAACGACCAAGUCUGGAAUUGUGGAGUCGUUAAUUGUUCCACGGAUGGCAACCAAUCAUACUGCCUUGAUCUGAGGUUUCCCGUGAUCCCCGGUCUACGACUGAAGGACGAUCAUAGGGUGACGUUACGAUGUAAAACCCAGAACAGAAUCGCAUAUCAUACGAAGCGGAUCAGCGUGAAGACUUUAGAAGCGAAAGCGAGGAACGUACCAGGCGUACUAGACGGUGGUGCUGAAAAUGCCCUGAACGUUGACGUGGGAUUAUUCAGGAAGACUUACGGCUCGAAAAACAUUUUUGACACAAAAAUACAAUCGGGCGGCACGGUCGUCUUAGGCGAAGAGAUUUUGCUACGCGUAUUAAUCAACGGCAACGACAGCUGGCGACAUUCAAAAAUCGGCCAAGUGACAAUGCAUUAUGUCGAGGAGCGACAGCAGCAGAAAAUCGUUAACAGUCUGUGGAUCCUCGACAAGGACGGUUGCUUGAAUCCGGACGUACACGAGAUUUGUCCUCGUGAGCAAUAUGCGAUGUCACCGUUGGAAAGCUAUCUAAUUUUCCAGGCGUUUAUGUUUGAGAGCAUGAAAGAGACCGACGAAAUUUUCCUCACUGUGAAGGCCAUGGCAUGUGUAGAAUCUGUGGACUGUAUUCUAGACUGUCCCGGUGGUCACAUUAGACGUGCCAGAAGUGUCUCGGAUCGAAACAAUACUGUUGAGUGGCAGAAUGACAUAGUUCUGCGAGUGGUUCUUCCAAAAUAUGAAACACACGCUUUACAGAAUUAUUAUUUAGCAAUCCUGUUAUCAGCGAUCGCGUUACUCGCAUUAAUCAUGUUAUUGUGGACUAUCAGAACCUCGCUUCGCCAAAGGAUAUCAAAAUCCUGA